CAACACCAAAGCUGUACAAUCUCAAACAAUAGUUUUCUCUCUCUACAUAUGACAAAUCAACCACCCAUCAUGCAAACCACCUCUCUUUCCAUCAAAACCAACACCACCCCACCACCAUCCAAAUGCCCUUUGCAUCAUAGAAUGCAAGGCCAUUGUUGAUGAAGGGACUCAUCUCAAAUUCUUAAUGUCCAAAAUGGUGGCGGUUGAUGAAAAGAAGAAGGCUCAUAUGGUUCCACAAUAUGAUGAUCAAGGUGUAACUUUGGCAUUUCAUGGCAGAGAGGUCUAUGAUGCCGUUCCUAUUGCACAUUUCCCUAAAAAGUCUCCUUUAAAUGAUAAACAUAACAAGGUGGUGGAAAAUAAACACAGACAAGCAACACCUGAUGAGGGACAAUCACAGAAGCUUGCAAGCUCAUCUAAAGAGACAACAGAUGCAACAUUUUCUCGUGGCGAGGCUGUGAUUCAAGCCGAAGGACUCCGAUCAAAUUUGCAACAAGAGUUCCCAAGUUUUGUGAAGUCCUUGGUCAGAUCACAUGUAGCCAGUUGUUUUUGGAUGGGACUACCCGUGGCGUUCUGUAAAAGACAUUUACCAGAUAAGGAUACAACUAUCACUUUGGAAGAUGAGUCUGGUAGAGAAUACAAGACAAAAUACAUUGCAUGUAAAACAGGAUUAAGUGCUGGUUGGAGACAGUUUUCCGCUGUGCAUAAAUUGCUAGACGGUGAUGUGGUGGUAUUUCAAUUAGUCGAACCCACCAAAUUUAAGGUUUAUAUAAUAAGAGCUAUGAGGGAACUAGAGAAUCAAGAAAGUUGCUCAAAACAAAAAGUUGGAGGCAAAAAUAACAUAGAUACUGAUGUUGUAGCAUGUAAUAGUCCAAAAAGAAAAAAUGGUAAACCUAUCCCACAAGACACCCAAAAGAAAAAUAAAAUUACUGUAUCAAAAACGGAGACUAAGGCUAAACAAUAUCCAGAACAAUAUGAAAAUGAUAGUGAGGAAGCUUUGUCUGAAAUAUUGGAGGCAUAUAAAAUGCCUGAAUUCAAAGAUUUAAAUGGUUUCGAAAAUUUCAGAAUCAUAGUCAACGGAAUGCUAAUUGAUAAUGAACUGUCUACCGAAGUUCGAAACAAGUACUACAAACUCUGUUACAGUCAACAAGCUUUUCUUCAUGACAAUCUCAUCAAAGGCUUGAACUAUAAUUUAGUUUCUGGAGUUAUAUCUGAAGUUGUUAACAUUGCUGAUGCAAUAAAAGUCAGUGUGAUAUCUACGCCGCGUUUUGAGUUUUAUAAUUGGGAUAAAACGUUGCUAGCAUUUGAGAAUUUGGGCAUGAAUGUUGAGUUUUUGAGACAUCGAUUGCGCAGGCUUGUGAGCCUUGCUUAUGAGACGGACAACGGCUUAGAGACUAGAAGAUACUUGGCGUAUAGAACCGAGGAACACGGUGGAGUAGAGGAUGAAAUAAAGAAUAUGGAAACGAAGCUCGUGGAAUUGAAAGAAGCUUGUAAUGGAUUUGGUGAUUAUCUUGAGAGUUUGAAGCACAAAGCUGAAAGUGAUGUUAAUAAUGAAGAAUUUGCUGAUUUAAGACAUUAAGAGGGUUUAAAUUAAAGCUGAAGUGAUGCAUUAAUUGGCUAUAAUGAUGCAUUUGAAGUUGCUUCCUUGUUUGAAGUCAGUAGCUAGUUAUGUACUGGAUAGGAAGGAAAGGGAUCACGUGGCUUUGCACAGAAUACUUCACUUCCUAAGGUAGACAACUAUGGCCUUCACCAACUCUAAGAAAUGUUUGUAUCUUUAUUAUGUAAAAGUUUCCUUUGGAGGGACUGGUUAGUUUUGUACCCCACCUUCUGUUUUUGCCAAUCAUAGGGGAGGACACUAAUGUGCUAUCCACACAAGUUAAUUAUAUUUUAAUCAUAUCAGAUUGUUUAUAUGUUA